GCUCGCAAAAGAGUGUUUGCACUGGGCAUUGAAUUCAUCUAUAUUCGUAAAAAGUUGAACAAAGUUGAGUGGUUUCCGCUAACGACAUAUCUACAUUCAUCAAGUUCUUGCGUGAUACAUCUUUACUCGUAGUUUAUUCUGGCUAGCUAUCAUGUUGUGCCAUAGAGACCAGCCUGAGGCCCCGGCCUGGUUGAACGACGAGUUCUUCCGUGAUGUGAUGCGCGAAUCAAAUAACGAUUCGUCGAUCGAGCUGACCAGUGCCUGCAUUUUACGUCCUGGUACGAGCAAAAAAGAUCACUAUGGUAGUGUAAUGUUCCGGACCACCGUCACGUAUCAAUCAAAGCGCUUAGAUGAGGAAAAGUUCGUUGAUAUUAUCAUGAAAACAAAGCCUGAAGCAGACGGAUUGAUGAAAGAUCUGCUAGACGACGAUGGAUUGUUUGUGGUAGAAAUCGAGAUGUACAGCAAGGUUCUACCAGAAGUGACACGUUUGUUGAAGGAAAUAGGAGAGGAGUAUAAGUAUCCUCGAUACAUCUAUGGUACGCUAAAGCCGCACACUAUCCUUAUUUUGGAGGAUAUUAGUGGUCAAGGAUGGGUCGAGGGUGAUCUUAUCAACACGCUGGACGACAUGAAGCCGAUAGUGAAAAAUGUAGCCAUGCUCCAUGCAGCGUCCGUGAUCCUGGAAAGCUUUGAUACUACAGUUGUGACCAAAUUUCGUCAUACGAUGGCUCAUAAGUUUUUGGGCUUAGAAGGAUUAGUUAGAAAAGGGUUUGGAGAUUUGAUGCAGCUUACAGAGCUGUAUCCGGAAUUUGCGCAAUUUGCCAAGCCUCUAGUGAAGUUUCAGCAAAACCUGCGAGAUUUUUUUGACAGCAUUUUUAAGCCAACGAAAUCGAUACAAAGCGUAUUAAUACAUGGCGAUUGCCAUACAAAGAAUCUGCUCCAUCAGCUUGACGCUCACGGACGACAUACUGAAACCAUCUUACUUGAUUAUCAGAUCUGCUGCUGGACCUCACCGGCCAUUGAUUUGUACUAUAUGCUGGAUCUAAUACCAACGCAAGAAAUUAAGGACAAUUAUCGCUCUGAGUUGGUCUAUUUGUAUCAUCAACAGUACAGCAAUCUAUUGAAACGGCUGGGAUUUAAAAGAAAUAUACCAUCCCUACAAGACUUGAACAUAGAACUAAUACGAUGUGCUGGACUUGAGCUGUUCCACUAUGCGGCUUUUAUGUCAUACCGGUUCAUGGAUCAAUGUGCGAUCGAUGUUGAGGCAUUACUAAAGGGUGAACUAGAACAUCCUGUGACGAAAAAUGAAGAGUACAAGAAGAUUAUGCAUACCGAGCUAACACGAUUGCUUCACCAAGGAACUUUAACAAACGACUAAUUCUACUUUGUGUUGUUUUGCAUAGAUUUAUCGAUUUAUCGGAUUCUGUUUUUGAUAUAUGUUUGAUCAUAUAGGAAAACCUUUUAGAAAUUGCACUGUAGUGUUGGCAAAUGAAAUACUGAAAUUACAAUAUUACACGCAUGUGCUUCUUUAUAACUGCUGCUUGUAUGGAUGAAACUUAACGAAAUAAAUUGGUCGAGUAAAAAUAGAA